CUCACGUUGAUCCCGCCCCUGGGGACCCGUCGUAGCAUCUGCUUCCGGUUCUCCGGCUGAUUUGGCGGUGAGGAAAACCUGCGCUGGCUGAGGCCUGUUGGCAGGGCCUUGCCGGAGAUGGACAGCCGGAUUCCUUAUGACGACUACCCAGUGGUUUUCCUGCCUGCCUAUGAGAAUCCCCCAGCAUGGAUUCCUCCUCAUGAGAGAGUAUACCACCCAGACUACAACAAUGAGUUGACCCAGUUUCUGCCCCGAAUCGUCACACUGAAGAAGCCCCCUGGAGCUCAGUUGGGAUUUAACAUCCGAGGAGGAAAGGCCUCCCAGCUAGGCAUCUUCAUCUCCAAGGUGAUCCCAGACUCUGAUGCACAUCGAGCAGGACUUCAGGAAGGGGACCAAGUCCUAGCUGUAAAUGAUGUAGAUUUCCAAGAUAUUGAGCAUAGCAAGGCUGUUGAGAUCCUGAAGACAGCUCGUGAAAUCAGUAUACGUGUCCGCUUCUCUCCCUACAAUUAUCAUCGCCAAAAAGAGAGGACUGUGCACUAGAGAGCUGCAACCCACAGCCCUUCACAUGAAAGCUUCUAGGACAAGCUGGGCAGGCCUCAGGGAAACCACAUAGUCUCAGACAUUUCCGAGACUCCUGUAGGACCCUGUUUUCCCUCCUCUCCCUCCUAUUCUCUCCUCCAAAAAGUAAAAUGCCAUGCUGAAGAAA